AUGGCUGAGUCAACUCCCGAGAUGCCCGCCUUCAAGCUCGUGCUUGGUGCGUAUGAUUUACUUGAUCUUGAUUUCCAGGCGGGUUAUGUGAGGCUUACACAACCGCCGUCCGUCCCUCUGCACUCCUGUCAACCCUUAUGUCCCCGCCGGCCCUUUCGAUGCGCUCAGUUGGCGAUGGAGGAACAGGCAAGACCACUUUCGUCAAGGUAAGACAAAUCGUAUCUGAACGACGCCAACGCUGCUAGCUGCUGGAACAAGGAGGCCUCGAUAGACGUAUGGAAGGGGCCAGGUAGUCUCAAUGGUGCCGGAGUUGGCGCGCUUUGGUUGCAGCUGGGGUCGCGUUUGUCCACUGCGGCCAUCUGGUAAGCCAUCACUACGCUGCACCAAGUGUACAUUCGCCAUGGCAGUUAGACGAGCGCUGGCACCCAUGAAUGGUAGCGAAAGUUGGGCGAGGUGUCAACACGCGUUCAACCAGCCGAGCAGCUUUUUGGGGUCGUGGCUUCGAGAGGCGCGCCUCUCUUGCUCGUUCGUUUGGGGCGCUCUCGACGCCCACGAGGGGGAGGGAUUGCUUCCUUAGCUCCUAAGCAGGGCUCAUUGGUUGAAAGGCAGCUGAUACAUAUCCUUCUCUCCCUACAGCGUCACUUGACCGGAGAGUUUGAGAAGAAGUACAUCGCAACCCUGGGUGUGGAAGUGCACCCUCUCCAGUUCCACACAAACUUUGGACCCAUCGUCUUCAACGUUUGGGACACUGCAGGCCAGGAGAAGUUUGGCGGCCUGCGUGAUGGCUACUACAUUCAAGGACAAUGCGGCAUUAUCAUGUUCGACGUUACUGGCCGUAUCACCUACAAGAACGUUCCCAACUGGCACAGGGACCUCGAGCGUGUCUGCGAGAACAUCCCCAUCGUCCUCUGUGGCAACAAGGUCGACGUGAAGGUGAGUUCAGCUUUAGGCGCAUACAGUCGCUCGACGUGCAGAUUGGAAAGACGAUUGCGAUAGGCAAAGCUUCUCUGACCCUCUUUGCUUUCUCACAACAUGACAGGAGCGAAAAGUAAAGACAGGUGCCGUCACUUUCCACAGAAAGAAGAACUUGCAAUACUUUGAGAUCAGCGCCAAGUCGAACUAUAACUUCGAGAAGCCCUUUUUGUGGCUCGCCCGCAAGCUCGUUGGCAACCCAGCGCUGGAAUUCGCCGCUGCACCAGCUCUUGCGCCUCCCGAGGUGCAGGUCGAUGAAGCGCUUAUGGCUGCUUACAACAAGGAGCUCGAGGUGGUGAGUACUGGGUGGAGACCUACCAGUGUCAAAGGUCGGCCGCUCAUCAAGUCCCGUUCGAUAUUUGUCAGGCUGCCGCCGCGCCUCUUCCAGAUGAGGACGACGGAGACCUCUAA